AUGCCACUAAGAGACGUGCUUAAGAAGCGCUCCAACAUUCAAGGUGAUGCCACGAGUACACGUAGCACCAGUUCCAACUCUCUGUCAACCCUUCCCAAUCCCAUACCAGAGUUCACUUUCAUGCGUACUACGACUCAUGAGCAAGAAGUCAUCGUACCACCUUCAUAUCCUGGAGACGAAGCCCCACUAGCUUCAGAACAAGCGACGCCCGAGAAGAAACGCCAGAAGGACACUCCAACUACACCUCCAGUACGACCAAAGAAUGAACGCAAACUCUCCGAGAGACUGCACUUUGGCAGGUCAAGGGGUCUUUCCAGAACUGAGAGUAGCUCUCAUCUGCCUUCUGACCUAGGUGACGCACCUCAAAACACACCAGCGCCCCUAGAUCCACCCGACGCCAAGGGCAGAGUGAAAGAGAUAGAAACCAAAGAGAACAAGAUGCAACGCGAAGCACAAUGGGAGAAGAGAGCUACCAUGAUGGCUUUGAAGAAUCCUAUAUUGGAUGGAGAGCGAUCGGAUUCGAGUGAAAAGAAAGGUCACCGAAGGAGUACCUCGCUCGAAGAAGGCGAAGCCGAUAUCCAAGAAGCUAUCCGUCUGCAUGAGGAAGGCGAUCUAGAGCGCUCAACGCAAAUCUUUGGAAAACUUGCAGAUCCGAAUGGUGCGAACAACCCACUCUGUCAGGUACUCUACGGACUCGCUCUACGGCAUGGUUGGGGCAUCACUCCAUCUGCAGAUGCCGCAAUACACUAUUUGAGUCUGGCGGCUUCAAACAGUGCAGCCAUCGAGUCAGCCGCCUUAUCUUCAGGAUCUAAAUCAGGCGGUGAUGCAAAAGGCGAGCUGGUUCUUGCCAUCUUUGAAUUGGCCAAUUGCUUCCGCUAUGGUUGGGGCAUCAAAGUAGACAAGGUGGCUGCGAGAAAUUACUACGAGGUUGCUGCAAACUUGGGUGAUCCCGAUGCUUUGGAAGAAGCAGCCUGGUGUUAUAUGGAGGGCUUUGGGGGGCCGAAAGACAAGUUCAAAGCAGCGCAGUAUCUGCGAUUGGCCGAAGGUGCUGGUCGUAAAAGUGUAGGAAACAGCUGGAUCUGGAAAGACAAGUACAGUUCACCGACGAAGUGA